UAACACAAACGCUAAAUCAAACGACACACCCACGUAUUUCCGACCUACUCGGGCUGCUUGGAUGCUACCCCAAUUCCCGAGUCGGAAUCUCGAGUUCAAGGGCCGUUCUAUUGCACUUUUCCGACUCGGAGGUCGGGUCUUUCCGAAUUCCGAGCGCAAACGAACACAGCAUUAAGCCCCGCCCCCCCUUCCUUUUAGUGGGAUUCCCCGACGACAACGUGCUUCGCUUCACCCCAAAAUAUUGUGACUAUUUCGGAUUCAGCUCGGUUCCUCGACGCCCACCAGUGACUCACCUGCUCAGACAGCGGUGCAAGAUAGCUCUUCCUAGUUUUCCCUCAGCCGGGAAAGGAGGGGAAAUAAUGAUGGAAGGACACGAUCUGAACAGUCUGACUCUGAGCCAGGACCUGCCCCUGAGCCAGGAUUCAUUUAGACAGCUGUGGGAUAAUGUUGUUACAUCCACCAUCAACAUUUCAUCGGUGGUUGAUGUGCCUCAAGAAACCUGGAGGGCAAAUGAACCGAUUGACAUGCUGCAGGCGCUGACUGAGGAGUUCGAUGAGAAUCUGUUUGAGCUGGCCCCAGAGACGUCUCGGGAUGUUGUCACUCCCCCUUCCUCCACUGUCCCAGUUACAACUGACUAUCCAGGGGAAUAUGGCUUCCAGCUCCGCUUUCAAAAGUCUGGCACAGCAAAGUCGGUCACCUCCACGUAUUCAGAGCUUCUCAACAAGCUGUAUUGCCAGCUGGCAAAGACGAGCCCGAUUGAAGUGUUAAUGGACAAAGAGCCUCCUCAGGGUGCUGUCAUCAGGGCCACAGCGGUCUACAAGAAGACUGAACACGUGGCCGAAGUGGUCCGCAGAUGCCCCCAUCAUCAGAAUGAGGAUUCUGCAGAACAUAAAAGCCAUCUGAUCAGAGUGGAGGGCAGCCAGAGAGCUCAGUAUUACGAAGAUCCCAACACUAACAGGCAGAGUGUGACGGUCCCCUAUGAGCCCCCACAGUUGGGCUCGGUGAUAACAACCAUCCUGCUGAGCUACAUGUGCAACAGUUCCUGCAUGGGGGGCAUGAACCGCAGACCCAUCCUCACCAUCCUGACCCUGGAGACUUCAGAGGGAACUGUUCUGGGUCGGAGGUGCUUUGAGGUGCGAGUCUGCGCAUGUCCAGGCAGAGACCGCAAGACUGAGGAGGAGAACAGCACCAAGGCGCAGAACGGCACCAAGCAAACUAAGAAACGCAAGAGCGUCCCGGCUCUGGCUCCAAAUCCAGACAUGACUUCUGUAAAGAAGUCCAAGUCAACUUCCAGCGCAGAGGAGGAGGACAAAGAAACGUUUGUUCUUCAUAUCCGUGGCCGUGAGCGUUAUGAAAUGCUGAAGAAGAUAAACGACGGUCUGGAGUUGCUGGACAAAGAGAAAAGUAAGACCAAGGUGUCUGUGAAGCAGGAGUUUGCUGUGCCUUCCAGCGGGAAGAGGCUCCUGCAGAGAGGAGAGCGGAGUGAUAGCGAGUAAGACCACCACGGCUGCCUACACAACAACUUCUCCCUCCAAACCAGUGGGCCUUUCUCCGCCUUUUUACUCGUCAUUAGAACCCCAAAACCACCUCAACUUGAUCCAAUAACUGUACUGCCCGACCGUUUACUGUACCCAAUGAAUUGUACAGUGUUUUGCUGUUUUUAAAGUAUGCAAAUGGGUAAUAAAGGUUACGUAGAUUACGCGGCGAGAAGCAGCUCGUACUGUAAACAGUUCUGCCUCGCCCUCUAUUCUCUCAGUUCACAACCAGGUCCUCUGAAAGGGCUCCAGGUCCUAAACUUUGUAUCAAACAGGUUAAAAUUAGGAGGAGCUGCAUGAAAUCAGUGUUAAUCUUGGCAGGGAUGUUGAUUUGAGUUUUAAUUGUGCCAUUUUUGUUUAAUUCAUGUUGUCAUGUAAAAUUAGUUUAAUAACUUGAUGACAGCUGAAGAGAUCGUUCCUUGGUUUUUCAUCCAUAUUUGUUUUUUUUUUAAGCUUUUUUUGUUAAAUCAUGUUCAUAAUGUUGAAAAAGAACUCGAGAAGCAGCUUGGACAAAUUGUACACAAUUACAGCAGUAUGUUAUUGCAAAGAAUCAUAAUAUUAACAAGUCACUGCCACGCUUGAAAAAAAAAAAACUUGAAUGGGUGUUUAUUUCCAUUAGUGUUGCUGUAUUAUAAGCCCAUGUAACUUCAAAACGUUUUACCCGUUCAGACUCUUCUUUCGGUGUCUAUGUGAGGAAAGUCAGUCGGCCCGAAUGUUUCAGCUCAGCUCUGAUGAGAUGUCCAAUGAAAGCAGACAUAAAAAUGAAAGUUAGAGUCACAGGAUCAAAUGUAAGGCCAGAAUAAAGAAUGCAUGUCAUUUUCUCAGCGGGGCUUUAUCUUUUUUUUUCAUCCGUUUUAGUUGUUUUUUUUCCAUCACGAAUAGCUGUAAAUACAUUUUAGCUCCGUUUAUCUCUACAUCUAUCGGUCGACAUCAUCGCCUCUUUAAAUGGUGUUGAUUCUGCUCGCAGGGAACAUGUACUUUCAUGAUUUUUUUUAUAAAAAAUGACCAGUAGGUUUAUUAGAUGAGGGGCUGGCUGGAUCACCCCAAAAGCUAAACACCUUUUAGUAUUUGUAAAACAAAAUAGGAACGAGGAAUUUUAACACAAGUACAGUCAAAUUGUCACCUGGAAACAGACGAAUGUCAGCUUAUUGCAAUCCGUUUGACACGGCCUCUGUUUUAGCCCUAACUCAUCACUGGAGACCAACUUAUCCACUUGAAUGUCACCAUGUUUUGGUUCCUGAGUCCUUCCUCUGUCGCUCAUUGGAUCAAAUGCUUUGUAACCGAGGAAACCUCUGUCUUGUGUCGUGUGAUUGGACGAAGUAGAAAGUCUGAAAAUUGUACAAUUUAGACAAAAACUACAAAAGAAUACGGGAAUUAUCCAUCGGAAGUCACGUAAGAUAUCAAAUUACUGCCGAUCUAAACUGAUAAAAUGUGAUUUUAUGUUUGAAUUAGCAGCCACAGACCAACCAUGCCACCAUAAGCAGCACUUCACUUUGAUGUGACCAAUCACUGUCAAUUUAACCACUUUUGUUUUUACACUGCCACGAAAUUAUACUUAAAGGCAUUUCUUUGUUUUAUUUCUGUCUCUUUAUAGAUUAUUUUGGGAACUUAGUUUUGUAUAAGAGGUUUAUCUUUCUAUAUUUUUCAUUGUCGUUAUUUUUUCAUGGCUUUUUUUGUACUAAUUUGCAUUUUUGUUAUUCAAAGCUUAAAGCCAAAAUAAAUGUGGAACAAAAAAUA